AUGCCGUCAAGCAGCAUCCACGUUGUGACGAGUGCAGCACGCAUUCGAGAGGACUACCAUCCGAAGUUGAUGCGUCGAGAGUCUGUGGUGCAUCAGACGCAAGAAGCCUUCGCCACGUCCACGAGUUUUAAGUCGCGCAUGAUCCAGUUCAUCUUUCACAGAAGGAGACGUGCACCGAACCAGCAACCCAAGUCUUGGUCAGGAAAAGUGGAAUGCAUUCUGAGGUCGGCGGCUCACGGAACUGCAAGCUGCCCGUCCAGCAACGACAUCGAACUCUACAACAAACCUGACCGAUGCGUAUCAUCUGCUCCACCAACUUCCGGGCAGACGAAAGUGAAGCGAAUAGCACGGCGAGGAUAUGCUGAGGGAGAUUCUGGUCGAGCCCAAUGGCGUCAGCGACAGACACACUGCGCCAACUGCGAGUGCCUUUUCUUCACGUCUCUCUCAUCUCUCAGUAACGCUGCAGGUCGAUUUUGCUCGCUGGAUUGCAGGACCAAUCUGGAGUACAUGCACCAGCUCCAGGAUGUGAUGGAUACGCAGCAGACAUGGGAGGGCAGCACCAACUCUAGCGAAUCGGGACACAAUGAAGAGGCGGAAGAGACAACAUUGAAGGGGGUCGAUAGUUCGACCGGCAUGUCGUCGCGUACCAUCGACAGUCAAGUAGACAUUGCAGGGUCACAGGACACCGUAGUAAACACUAGACUUGACGCAUGA